AUGAUGACGAGUAUGGGACCGUCUUUUGCAGGCCAUCCUGCCGGCAUGCAACAGCAUCCAGGUGUACCCGGGCACCCCAUGGCCCAGGGUAUGCCUCACAACCCAGGGCAGCAAGGCCCGGGCGGAGGAAUGCCUCACCAGAUGCACAUGGCAGUAUCAGGGCCUGGUGGUCAGGUUAAUCCAAAUCAGUUGAUGGGCGGCAUGCCGCCGGGUGCUGGAGGUCCGAACGCUCACGCUCUGCAGCAUCUCAAUCCUGCCCAAAACCAAAUGUUCCAGCAAAAUCAGUUUGGUAACUUCCAAACUCCAGCGGCGAUGGCGCACGCCACCCAGAUGGCACAGCAGCGCUUGUUCCAGCAGCAGCAACAGGCGCGACAAGCGCUCAUGGCCCAGCAGGCCUUCAACGCGAAUAUGGCGGGCGUCAAUGGUAUGCCGAUGGGAAUGCCAAUGAACCCGAUGAACGCAGCUCAGAUCGCGGCUAUGAGGCAGGGCAUGCGGCCGCAACACAACCCCCAGGCACAGGCGAUGCUCGCUCAGCAGAUCGCUCUCCAGCAGCAAGCCGUCGCUCAACAGAAUCAACAGAUGCAACAGGGCCAACAACAGCCCGGCCAGCCGGUGCAGAUGAACCCUCAGCACAUGCAAAACCUCCAACAGGCCCAGAUGGCAAUGCAACAGCAGCAAGCCCAGCAGCAACAGGCUCAGCAGCAGGCUCAGCAACAGCAGGCUCAGCAACAAGCUCAGCAACAGGCCCAGCAGCAAGCGCAACAGCAGCAGCAACAGGGCCAGCAACCCCAAGGCGGACCGCAGCAGCCUCAACCGCAACCCCAGCAGACACCGCAUCAGACACCACAGCAGCAGCCCGCGCAACCCGUCAACCCUCAAUCUGCAGGACAGCCCACGCCGUCUCAAACUCCGGGCCCGGCCCCGAACCAGCAACCGCAGCCUCCUCAGCCUCAAGCUCAACCGCAGGGUCCUCCUCAAAUGGCUCCCCAACCUGGACCGCAACAAAUGAACCCCGCGCAGCAGGCUGCGGCCCAGGCUGCCGUUGCCAACAGCAUGGCUCUUGCUCAACAACAAAGAAGGGAAGGAAUGAAGGGACACUGCCUACUCAAGUUAAUGCAGUUUAGCGAACAUUUGAGCGGCUUCCCCGGCCCCAAGGGCAAAGACGACCUGUCCUACUGGAAUAGCUUCGUCAAUCAAUUCUUCUCCACCAAGGGCGUGUUCCGACACUCUGUACACAUCACCGACGUCGAAGACCAGGCAGACAAGCAAUACGAGAUUACCUACCCCGCACUUCCUCGAUACUUCCACACGCACUUCGACAGCGGUGUCAAGAACAUGCAGUUGAUCAUGGAAAAGGGGACGACGGAUCGACCACUCCCCGGCGACGGCCACUGGAUUGAGAACACGAAGUCCAGUUUGGUCUACUGGUACGAUAGCGGUUCGCACCUUGUCGCUACGGGCACCGUCAGAGCCCACUUUGAUGCGGAGCAAAAGAUUGAACUCUUUGAAUUCUUGACAACCAACCACGAAGAAUACAUUUCUAGAAAGGCCGCUAUCGAAGCUGCGAAGCCCGUGCAUAAUUGGGUGAAGGAGUGGCACAAGGUUAACUCCCCUGACACCAAGACCUCCCCAGAAAUGAGCAAGAAGGGCAAGGCUCGUAUGAUGAAGUCCCCGCAAAAUCCUCCGCCAGAAGCACUGGUGGAUCUUCCGGAGUCGGCGGUCAAGAGGGGUAUGGGGGUUACCGAAGCUGUGUUCCAGUUCCUCGAGAUUGCUGAAGUGAUCGGCCAAAUGAACCCCCUUUUCGCCUUCUACCACAACCACCCUAACCUCGGCCCCUACGCUGCUCUUGAGCAGUACGUCGGCCAGAUCAACGCCCAGCCGCAAGUCAUGAACGGUCAGCCCAUGCCCCAAGCUCCCAGGACACCCAGCUUCGGUCAGUUCCCAAUGGGUGCGAGCCCGGCUCAGCCGCACAUGCAGCUUCCUGGCUCGCCUCAUGUCACUGGAAGCCCUGCGCAAGGCCACAUGCAGGCACCCGGCAUGCAGAUGCAACAGAGCCAGCAAGGCACCAGCUCCAGCGGACCUAGUGCAAACACGUCUCCAGCUUCCAACAAGCGAAGACGCCCAUCCGGCGUGAAGAUGGAGGAGGACGGCUCCCAGGCACCUACCCCGGGUGGUCCCCAGGUCAAUGGAGUCCAGAACAAGGGCAAGCCGCCUACGCCGCGGAUGGCAAAGAGAAUGAAGGGCAACCCGGCGUAA